UGACAUGGUAAAUGAUGAGGCCAUCGGAGGGAAUGUGAGCAAAUAUCUGGUGCUUCCAACUGGAUACUGCGGACAGCCCAAGAAAGGACAUCUUAUAUUUGAUGCUUGCUUUGAAAGUGGUAACCUUGGCCGAGUGGACCAAGUCUCUGAGUUUGAGUAUGAUCUGUUCAUUAGGCCAGAUACCUGUAAUCCACGCUUCCGAGUCUGGUUCAACUUUACUGUUGAAAAUGUGAAAGAAUUGCAGAGAGUCAUUUUCAACAUUGUUAACUUUAGUAAAACCAAGAGUCUUUAUAGAGAUGGGAUGGCCCCUAUGGUGAAAUCUACCAGCCGACCAAAAUGGCAAAGGCUGCCACCUAAAAAUGUUUACUACUAUCGCUGCCCAGACCAUAGGAGAAAUUAUGUGAUGUCCUUUGCAUUUUGCUUUGACCGAGAAGAAGAUAUUUACCAGUUUGCUUACUGCUACCCAUAUACAUACACUCGCUUCCAGCAUUACCUCGACAGCCUGCAAAAGAGAAACAUGGAUUACUUCUUCCGGGAGCAGCUGGGUCAGAGCGUGCAACAACGGCAGCUUGAUCUCCUGACAAUAACCAGCCCCGACAAUCUGCGGGAAGGGGCAGAGCAGAAGGUGAUAUUCAUCACUGGACGAGUCCACCCAGGGGAAACACCCUCUUCAUUUGUAUGCCAAGGAAUCAUUGACUUCCUUGUAAGCCAGCACCCCAUUGCUCGUGUCUUACGAGAACACCUAGUCUUCAAGAUUGCACCAAUGCUCAAUCCUGAUGGAGUCUACCUGGGCAAUUACAGGUGCUCUCUGAUGGGAUUUGACCUGAAUCGACACUGGCUGGAUCCUUCUCCAUGGGCCCAUCCUACCCUCCAUGGAGUGAAACAACUCAUCAUCCAAAUGUACAACGAUCCAAAAACAAGCCUAGAGUUUUAUAUUGACAUCCAUGCCCACUCUACCAUGAUGAAUGGCUUCAUGUACGGCAACAUCUUUGAGGAUGAGGAACGGUUCCAGAGGCAGGCCAUUUUUCCCAAGCUCCUCUGCCAGAAUGCUGAGGACUUCUCCUAUUCCAGCACGUCCUUUAACCGGGAUGCUGUGAAAGCGGGAACUGGACGUCGCUUCCUUGGAGGACUCCUGGACCACACUUCCUACUGCUAUACCUUAGAAGUCUCCUUCUACAGCUACAUCAUCGGAGGCACCACAGCUGCUGUGCCCUACACUGAAGAAGCCUAUAUGAAGCUGGGGCGCAAUGUGGCAAGAACGUUUUUGGACUAUUACCGGCUGAACCCCAUGGUUGAGAAGGUGUCAGUUCCCAUGCCAAGGCUGCGGAAAGAAAAAUCCCCUCCCUACAAGCACCCAGUCCUGCGGGGCCCGGCCAGCAACUACCCCAACGGCAAAGGGGACAAGAAGAGCUCAGUGAACCACAAAGACUCUUCAAACCCUUUUUAAAGACUGAGUUGGGAAGGCUCUCCUGGGGGCAGGAAUGUGCAUUUUCUGCUGGGGCAUGAAAUUAAUUACCCUUCUCUAGUUUCCAAGACAAGGAUUUGUGGGAUAAGCAUUAGCUAGUGAAGGGAAGGGGGGAAAUGAGAAAUUUCAGCAUUGAUUUUUGCUUUUACCAAUGGAAAUCAAUUGUGAGCCUUCAGCUCAAAGCUCAAAAGCAAAAUAAGUGACUGAAAUCAGGUGAGCCCAGAUAUUAUUUUCCACAACACAGAGAUCUUCCAGUACACAGAAAACCUACACAUCCCUUGGAAGAGUUGACACAACUCAGGUCCGUUUUUUUCAAAGCUCAUAUACCUUUUUAAGUUGUCUAGUUACUACAGCUGGCUACUUUUUAAAAAUGGGCUGUGGUUGUUUACAGCUUUAUGAAUGCAGCAUCUGUGUUUUCUGAUCCAAAACAACAGGAACAACAUAUGAGCCCCAAGGCAAAGACAUGAUGCUGAACCAGAGGCUUCUGGAGAGAUAAGGCCACUUGAUGACCCGGG